CAUACCCCAACUUUCUCUUUUCUCAAAGCUUUUUUGAUUUGCUUCCUCUAUUACAAUUUUCUUUCUCUCUCACUAUUUUCUCUCCCCACUCUUUCUGUCUCCCUCUCUCUCAAUUUUUUUACCUCUCUUUCUUUCCCUCUCUGCUUCUGUCUCAACUUCUUUCUCUUGUUUAUCCCCCCCCCCACUAACUAUUACACUGUCAAUAUAGACAAUUGUUAGAUUUAGUCAUCUCCCUUUACGUAAUUUCUAUAUUUUACUCUGUAUCUCUUCCUUGUCCUCUUUCAUUCAAACAUUCACUGUUGUUUCUUUCUUUCUCUCUCUCUCUCCCGCUAUAUAUACAUAAACCAAUCACUCUAUUAAACGUUUCUUCGUCAUACGCUUUUUCUUUCAUUCUCUCAUUACUUCAUCAACUGCUACUUCCGUGCGGGAUACACCACAACUUCUAGGCAUGAAUAAGUGAAACAGUUUAUACAAAAAAAGAAAAAGAAAGAAGAAAAAAAAGAUAAUUUACAUUAUAUAUUGUCGACCUCCCGCUGCGGAAGCACGGGUGACCAAAAUUUAUGACAACAGAGAUUAGUCAUUUAUCAAAAAUUUCACUGCUGAACUAUAGAACUCGGUACCACCUUGCCGAGAGAAUUUUGUUUCUCGCAAUUAUUACAAACAAAGAAGCUAAACUAGAUUGUUUAAUCAGUGGUAGUACACGGGAUGUGAAAACAUUACGAAGAAAUAUUUAAGUACUAUGAAAGUAUACUUGCACACCACCCAUUUACUCAUCUCUGCAAUCUGGCCAGAUCUACCUUUUAUUAUGCUAGCACUGAUGGUGACAGCCUUGAAGAUUUGUAUCUGACCAGAAGAAAGGGGUUUCCAGUGGUGGCUUGAAGAUGCCCCCUUUUCAUUGAGGACACAAAUUGACAUGCAGAAUACCAUAGCAGAGCAUUGUUAUAAUCAACUUUGGAGAUUGCCUUAUCUACCAGAACUGGGAACUAAAAGUUCUUUCCAGAGACGAAAACAUUCCUACAUAAUUCUUUAAACUAACAUGACCAGAAUGGUUAUUAUUCUGUUUAAAUUAUAAUUAAACUAUUUAAGUUCUAAUUAUGACAAUGCAAAUAUUUAAAGAAGCUUAAGCAAUUCCUACUACUUUCAAGGGAAAAUACUAUAAGAGAAUAAAAAUGGAGAAAAGUGACUUAAAUGAGAAUUUUACAUACCAAGAUGAUAUCAUUCGUCGCACACGGAAAGCAAUCCGUGAUUUGCACACACUUCGUAAUGAACACCUCAGCAUCAUCAAUAAUAUCAAAAUGAAUUUCAAAAGCAAUGUAGUUGAUACAAAUGAUAUAACAGUAGAAAAACUUGAUGUUUUGAAACAUUCCCAAGAAGCAAUAGACUUGGCUUUGGAAGAAGCAGAAAUAACAAUGCUUUUGACAAAACAUUUGCAGUAUCUAGAAGGAGAGAACUUGAAACUGCGUACUGAGGUGUCACUUCUGAGGAAAGAGAAUGAUUGGUUAAGAAGUGAAUUGUUAGAUGCUCAAACCAAAUUGCAAAACUGUCAAGAAUCUCUUGUAGUUGCUGAGGAGAAAUUAAAGCACUUUGAGUUCAUGAAAGAGUUAAAUUAUGAUGAGAAUGAGGAAAAAACUGAUAAUGGUAGUGAGGGCAAAUGCCGCCCUUCAUCUUUUGAUAUGAGUUUCUUGGAUGACAUUAUAGAAGACACAGAAAGUCCUGGCUAUGAAAUUCCUGCUCGAUUCCGAUCGUUGUAUGACUUAAUAACACAGUAUGUUAUGCAAGGUCGACAUCAGGUAGCAUUAACUUUAUGUAAGCAAACAAUACAGAAUUUAGAAAAAACUAGUCGGUUUAACCCUGAAGAAGCUAUAGUCCUACAUAUGCAGGCUCGCAUCUAUAAAGAUAUGGGCAACAUGCAAGAGGCUGUCAGAGUGUUAAAGGCUGCUCUUUUAAUAAGAGAAAACACUUUAGGUCAUGAACAUCCUAGUGUGGCAGCAGUUCUAAAUAACCUUGCUGUGAUGUAUGGAAAAAGUGGUAAUUUCAAAGAUGCUGAAAAAAUGUGUAAGAGAGCUCUGGAAAUAAAAGAGAAAAUCAAUGGUACUUAUCAUCCUUCAGUUGCAAAGUUAUUCAAUAAUCUGGCACUUCUCUGUCAAAAUCAAAACAAAUAUGAACAAGCAGAGUACUAUUACAAUCAGUCUUUGGAAAUAUAUAAAUCUAUGUUUGGAAAUGAUCAUAUGUCGGUAAUGAAAAGUAAAAAUAACCAUGCUUCUUUAUAUCUUCGGCAAGGAAAGUAUCGGCAAGCUCAGGAUAUCUACAGAGAGGUUCUUAUACAGUUUUGUGAAAAGAAAUACGGUAGCAUCGAUGAUGACAGUGGGCAUACUUUAACUCCUCAGGAACAAGAAAAUGGUGGCUUGUUAAUCUAUUAUAUAAAAAAAAUAUGCGAACGGAGUAAAAUGGGUUUGAACGUUUUUAAGAAUCCUGCAUUAAUCACAACUUUGGUGAACAUGGGUAUACUUCAUAGACUUAUUGGUAAAAACAAAGAAGCUUCUCUCUUUGAAGAGAGUGUCUUUAGAAUGAAAAAGACUAACAGUCGCUAUAAAUUAGUAACAGUUCCUGAAGAAAAUUGAUUUACACUGUAUACAUACAUACAUGCAUACUGUUCUACACUGCUACAACUCAGUUUAUCACAUCACAAUAAAUUAUUGUGCAAUUAAGGUGCUGCACUCAUAAUGAAUGCCUAUACACACUGUUCAAGUCAUACAACAUAAAUUCUACUGCAUCAUUUAUGGAUCACAUGCACUUUAAUCUUUGUACUUCAAACUCAAAAAGAAAGUACAAGACUCUUCAUGUUUGAUAUAUAAUAGUAGUCAAGCAGGCACGUUACUCUGCACACUCUACUGGGAAUAAAUUUCACUUUGCGUGUAAGCUGCAUUGAUGUUUACUCAGAGUGGAAUUAAGGUACUGCUUACAUUUUUUUUUUCACCUGACACUCUACUUUGCUUGGUGUCUACCACUUCCACUGUUUAAGAUAAAGGGCAUUGAAAUUUAAGACUCCAACUCCACCAAUUUAUAAACUUCCAUACCCGUCCAAACCUGAAAGUCAAAAAUAAAAUACAGAACUCGAAAGUAACACUAAAAUCUAAAAUAUCAAACCUGAUUUGUUAUAAAUUAUCACAAUGGUAAACAUAAUGAAUACUUCUGAAUGAAUUAGGAAUUCUAAAAUUUUAAAACAUUUCCUGUGAUCUUUUUACACAUUGUUUGUUUACUACUGUUAUGAUUGCUUUCAUGCACUUAAUUUAUUUCAGGCUAACUUCAGAAAUAUUUAACAUUUUCAACUCCAUUACUGACAGCAGCUUAAUAUAUAUGCAUUUUGGUAUUUUGGUAUACAGACAGGGGAAAGUGCUCAGAACAUGUACACUAUUUGUUUGAAACUGGUAAUUUAAUUCUUGUUUUUGCCAGGUGCAAUUCUUCAGUUGACAAAAAGAGGAAACAUUGACUGUGGCAAGUGAUGGAAUAAAUCAUUGGAUUUGAAAAAAACAUAUAUAUAUAUAUAUAUAUAUAUAUAUAUAUA